UGCGACGACCUCUUCCUGCGCGUUUACGCUCCGCGACCCGCCACCUACUUCCUGCAGCUCAAGCACGCCACCGGCGACCAGACCGUCGGCCCGCAGGCUCUCGUGUCCGACAAGGGCGACUUCAGCUUGCCGAAAUACUUCAAGUUCUGCGCGGACUUCCACGCGAUGCACGCGCGCCGCGACGCCCUGGCGGACGCGGACGAGCGCCUGCUGUGCGACUGCGACCUGCAGGACACGCGCUUUGUCAUCUACACCAACAAGACCGUCCAACGCGGGCGGCCGCCGCGCCAGCCUCCCCCCGCGCCCCUCCAGCAGCUGGUCUUCCCCUUCGAGGACAUCAUGGACACCGGAGCCCCGGGGGACGCGGACAACAUCUUCUGCUUGUCUGGGCGCGAUCAAGCGGCCUUGGACGUUUUCAACGGCCAUUCGAGCGAAAACCUCUACAAGACCUUCUUCCUUCCGCGUCUGCGAAUUUUCUGCCGCCAGUCACACGCCGAGGAAUUGGACGCCAUCAUCUACAAGGAAAUGAACGAGAUGUUCGGGGGGCCUUUGGGGCGCAUAGAGACCUACGUCCCCAAGUACAUCCAAAACUUCAAAGACUGGUCGCAGGAAGACCAUCAAGACGAGUGCAUCACCGAGGCUUCUGACAGACUAGAGAAGAUAUUCGAGGCCGAUAUUGUAAAUCUGGCUCGCAGUGCAGCAGGUGACGAUGCCUUUGUUUUCGAACCGGCAUUUUGCACGCACAUACGUGACACGCUUGCUGACCACUCUGCGAUAAGGAUCUGCGUGCAAGGAGUGCCGCCCGGCCACCGCGCUGCUAAGCUUCUGCAGGUCUUGGACGAGAACUACGCAGACCGUUGGAUGUACGUCGGCAACACUGUCAACGCCCUCUUCCCAACCGCUGCUCUGGUGGCUGUGUGCGAGAAGUUGUGUGACGUACUUGUGCUGGAUGUCGAGGAAGUGGAUGACAAGAUACUCCGGCUGGUGAAAGAUGUGCCCGGCGGAGUUAAAAUUGUGGCCCUAGUAUCAUCGCGAAAUGAUGCUUUGAAGAAAAAAUAUGACGACAUUUUGUCGUCAUGGAAGGACCUUUUCGAUGAUUGGAAAUUAGAGCACUUGCAAAAGAAUAUUCAAGAAACAUUUCUGGAUACAGAACUGCUUUUUCAGAUGUUUCCUGUCGAUAUCGAAAACCUUUCGUUGACGCACCGCUGCGGCCGCAGGGUAGGCUCGUGCCGUUGCGCGCGCUGGGCGGAGGGGGGUGGCGCGGGGCGGCGGCAGCGGGACGGCGCGCUGUUCCUGAGCGCCCUGGCGGCGGGCGGCGUCGCUGGGCGCGCGUCGCCGCCGCCGCCCGACGCCGACGAAUCCGACGGCCAUCGCAGUGCCGCGCACGCUGCAGCACGCGAGCGUCGUGGACGCCGCGGCGGCGGCUGCGCCGCGCUGACCUCCGCGCCGACCACCUCGCGCUCUCCGCUUCCCGGCGCCACUUGCUAG